AUGGCAAUGUAUUCUUCCCUUCCUGUGUACGCCAUUCUUUUGCUUCUUUCUUGGACAUUCAAUUCGUUGCCUCUUUGUGCAUCCGAUAACCGGAUUGUCGCUGGCAAGCCGCUCUCCCCUGGCAAUGUCCUCGUCUCUCAAGAUGGGGUGUUUGCCCUGGGAUUCUUCUCCCCAUCCAACUCCACCAAGAACUAUCACUAUGUUGGCAUAUGGUACAAUCGCAUCCCGGAGCGCACGGUGGUAUGGGUUUCUAACCGUGCGGCUCCGAUCACCACUAACCUCUCCUCUGCAAAUCUUGUCGUCACCAACAACUCCGACAUAGUCUUGUCUGAUAGCAAUGGUCGUGUCCUCUGGACAACGAACAACAGCGUCAGCAUGAAUUCCAUCUCGGUGGAAGCAGUGUUGGACAACACUGGCAACUUCAUCCUUAGAUCACUAGCUGACAGUGCCAUACUAUGGCAAAGCUUCGACCACCCCACCGACACCCUCCUACCCGGCAUGAACAUCAGGCUCAGCCACAACACGCUUCCACUGCAGCACCUCGUCUCUUGGAAGGCCCAACAUGACCCAUCCCCCGGUGAGUUCUCCUACGGCGCAGACCCUAGCAGCCUCCUCCAGUGCUUCAUUUGGAAUGGCUCGAGACCACACCUGCGAAGCCCGGUGUGGACAAACUACCUCUACAUGGACAAAUUCAACAAGUCUGCCAUUUACAUGGCCUUACAUCACGCCGGCGAUGAGGUGUACAUGUCCUUCGGCAUGCCGACUGGUUCCUUCAUCCUGUUGGUCAGGAUGCAGAUUGACUACUUGGGCAAGGUAAAUAUACUAAGCUGGGACAGCAACAUGUCAGUAUGGAGAGCUCUGUAUGCAGAGCCUCAACAUGAGUGCAAUACGUACGGCUACUGCGGUCCUUAUGGUUACUGCGACAACACAGCAACCGUCCCAGUUUGCAAGUGCCUUGACGGUUUUGAGCCGAGGGAUGGUAAAGGAUGGAUCGCCGGUAGCUUCUCACAGGGAUGCCGACCGAAGGAGGUGCGAAGGUGCACCCAUGGAGAUGAUUUCCUAGCCUUUCCAGGCAUGAAGGUCCCUGACAAAUUCCUUCAUCUCCCGAGUAGAAGCUUUGACGAGUGCAGAGAGGAAUGUAGAAGCAAUUGCUCCUGCGUGGCAUAUGCUUACUCCAGGAUGAGCAACAUGGAUAUUGAUGGAGAUGACACAAGAUGCUUGGUAUGGAUGGGAGAUUUGAUCGACAUGGAGAACAACACUCAAGGAGGGGAGAACCUCUAUGUUCGGACUAGAAUAUUGCAAGGUGACAUGAAAAAGAUCACAACCCUAGAAAUUGUAUUAUCAGUUGUUUCAAGUUUUCUAGUACUCAUAUGCGUGGGGCUUAUUUGCAUCUAUGCUUUUAGAGAUGGUACAAGAAAAUUGCUGCUAAACUGGUCCACAAGAUUUAAGAUAAUCAGGGGUGUAGCAAGGGGCCUUCUUUAUCUCCACCAAGAUUCCAGAUUGAUGAUGAUUCAUAGAGAUCUCAAAGCAAGUAACAUAUUGUUGGAUGCUGAGAUGAGCCCCAAAAUUUCUGAUUUUGGUACAGCUAGGCUCUUUGGUGUCCAUGAACAGGAAGGACAUACCAAUCAAGUUGUUGGAACAUUUGGAUACAUGUCACCGGAAUACGCAAUGGAAGGUAUCAUCUCUGUAAAAUCCGAUGUUUACAGCUUUGGCGUAUUACUUCUAGAGAUUGUAAGUGGCAUGAAGAUCGGCACCACAACCCCAAGCGCACAUGCACGCGCUCAUAACCUUAUAGAUUAUGCAUGGAGCUUAAGGAAGGAUGGGAAAAUGAUGGAUCUAGUCGACUCAUCUAUUGUAGAGGGUUGCUCUCUCGUUGAACCUCUACGAUGCAUACAUAUCGGACUCUUGUCGGUGCAGGACGACCCAGACGCUCGCCCCCUCAUGUCUUCGGUGAUAGCAAGCUUGGAUAACAAAGAUAUUGAGCUCCCACAGCCGAAAGAGCCUAUGUGCUUUGCACGUCGUAACUACGGAGCUGGCGAAAGCCAAGCAGAUGACCUGAGCCUCGAAAACCUCAAGGGGCGCUAG